AUGAGGCCAGCCAUGAACGCAGUACUUCUUCAGGGCGCUGUUAUAAAAGUCCGGUAUGUUGAUGAGGGUGGCGACUGUGAGAUGGCGUCCGUCAUCAUGACUCUUCUUCUCUAUGCCGCUGUCUGUGUGGUGUGGCUGUUCGGUAGGUCAGAGGGGAGAAAGACAUAUACCAUGACUACCCACUCGUCAGACGACACGAAGAGACUUCAGAUGGACAGGUAUAACCUCCCUUCUGUUCAAAGGGAGAAGGAGGUCGCCCUGUCAGUCCACAGCUGUGACGAAGUGACUGUUUUGUUUUCCCAUGUAGAUGUGAAUGUCUACCAAAAUAUAUUCGCGGUCACUCUGGGGAGCAACAUAAUCCGAAUCAAAUCUGGACACAACAUUCAUCAACUAAAACAGGAAUAUGUUACCCGACGUCAAAUUGACAUGUGCCAGAGAAGUUCUGUCCUAAAAUUUUGCUGGGAAGAUGACAAGAUGAAAAUAUUUAAGCAAUGCAACACAACUCUUUUUAUCGCUGAGAUGCAACGGAGAGCGAAUCCUAUAAGGUUUGUCACCGUGGUCAGUAAACAAAAGGCAGUGUGGAAAUACGGGGAGGUUUGCAAGGACCCACAUUUCACGCCACCUUUGCCCAAGAACCACAUCAUAAAAGAGGUCCAUACCUCCAGAAGUAUUGGCUACCUGCCGCUCUCGCCCGACGGCAUAAAUAUGUCACCUUCCAUGACAUUCAAGGUCAAAGGAUGUGGGAAGUUGUCUCUAGCAUUUCACAAUUUGAAUCGGAUGGCAUUUGCAAUUCGCCGACACGAGAUUCAAAUUGACAACAGAGCAGCCUACUCAGUAACAACCACCAUAGCAACGGGAUAUGGAUCCACCUUCAAAGGUUUACGUGUCCUCAAGAACGGAAGAAUGCAACAGGGGAACAGAUGCAGCGAUUUCCGAACCUUUCGGGUAAAUUAUUCGGGAAAUACCUUGCUGUUUGAGGGAUGUGAUUUGAGGAACGAAACACUGUUGAGAUUGUCCGCACCUGACUUGGCAAUGCAUCAAUAUAUGAGUGCCUUCAGUGAGAAUCAAGCAGACUGGGUGUUCGGAUGUGUGCAUAACUUCAUGUACGACUGCACAUAA